GUGAAAGGGGGUCCAACCUUUUGCUAGCAAGGUGUACCUAAUAAAGUGGCCAGUGAGUGUAUGUCUUAUUCUGUUGUUCCCCUCUCUACUGCUUUAUAUCUGGAUUCUCUUUAGAUUUGAGGAUCCCAGAGGAAACUCUUUCUGUAUUUGUCUGCUGCGGCCAUCAUGACAUAAACUAAUAUGUAACUAACAUGAAUUUUGACAAAUACCUGAAGGGCCACUAUAUGUGUGUGUUAAAGAAAAUUAAUCAACUGUUGCAAAAGCAUGUGAACCCAUUAACAGCCAUAAGAGGAACUAAACAUUUCCGGUAACUGCUGAUCUGCUGUCUACAGCUGCUCGGAGGCAUUUUAGCCCAUCCCUCGGUACAGAGCCGCUACAGUUGUUUUCCUCACACAAACUGCUUUGACCCAGUUUCUAUGUCCUAUCAUUUAUGGAGCAGCACCGUACAUUUGGUCCAAACAGCAAAAUAGUAAGAACACUUUAGGAACACAGAAUUAAACGUGUCUAAUCAAGCUUGUGACGGCCUUAUAUCUCUUGGUGCAGUAGAUUGAGAGGCAGCCUGCCUCUUUAGUAAUUACGUUCUCCGUCUACUACCCCCACGUACCGUCUUUUUAUUUCCCCCCCUCUGAGGAGAUUAGCUCAGAGUAAUUUGUCAAAUGUGAUAAGGCAGCUGUGUGCGCAUUUAAGAAAGCAUGGUGUAAGCUGGGAUUUGUAGUGUAUAUAAAGCCAGUGGAGAAUCGGGAGCUGUUGCUUACUUCGUUGCAGAAUGGGCCAAGCUGCUACUCUGCCAUGUAAGAGGGGGGAGUCUUAUGUUACAGAACUGUAUCAGUGGUUCAGAAAGUUCAUCAACGAAUGUCCGAGCGGGCUGAUCACUCUUCACGAGUUUAAAAGGCAUUUCUGUGACGGGACUGUGGGCAGUGAGUCAGCAGAGUACGCAGAACAGAUUUUCCGCACCUUGGACAAUAAUGAAGACGGGGUGGUUGAUUUCAGGGAGUACGUCAUGGCCAUCAGCAUGCUCAUUGAGGGUUCAGCCGUCCAGAAGCUGCGCUGGUCGUUCAAGCUCUACGACAAAGACAAGGACGGGGCCAUCACAAAGGAGGAAAUGCUGGAGAUUAUGGAGGCUGUUUACAAGAUGAACGUAGCUGCUGCUUUCACCGAGCCCAACCCCCUUACAGCCGAAGAAUGCACCAACAGGAUAUUUGUGAGAUUAGAUAAAGACAACAACGCCAUCAUCAGUCUGGAGGAGUUCAUAGAGGGAGCGCUGGAUGAUGAUUGGAUCAGAGAGAUGUUGGAAUGUGACCCCAGCACUGUGAAGGUGGAGAGGCCCCUGAGGAGGGACGCUGCUUUGGGGACCCACGGUUGACCUGAAGUGGGGUUUUAUUGUAUACUUUGCACUGUAUCGCAUAUACUGUAAACUGUGUAGAGAGAAACAAGCCAGUUCAUGGUCGGACUCAAAUUUCCAGGAUCCAGAUUAUAUCUUCAUCUGUUGAUUAGCUUUAAUAAAGAAAACAUUUAACACACAUUUUAUAUUUCUUGACUAAGUUUACCUAUGUUUUUGUGCUGCUUCAUUUGACAUUGUUUUCUGUUUUCAGUUUACGUCCUACUUACAUUGUUAAGUACCUGUUCUGCACGUGUGGCCUGAUUAACUUGUAUGCAUUGUAUUGAACCUCCAACAAUAUUUGAGUAAACAUGUUGUAACUUGCUGAAAAAAAUCUGUGCCUCCCAGAAUGUCGUUGGUUUUCCAUGCCUUGUCAUGCUGUCCACACAGCCUUUUUCUGCAUACUACCAUAAUUUAAACUGGCGCUGACCCACGGUUGCUUUAGGUGGCACCACGACCGAGCACUAGCCAAGUUGGCAGAGUUCCCGGAAAGAUGCAGGGUGGCAGCAAACCGCAUCCAAGAAACAGCAAGGUCUUCGCUAGCAGCUUUCGUCAAGCCCGGCGAAAUGCAUCCACACAGGAAAUUAUCAUCCUGAGACCAGGCAAGGAGUGGCAAAUGCUGGCAGACCUCAGAAGACAGCUGGUCUUCCUGCCCGAGAGAGAUCGUAACAACUACUCUUAGACCAGACACUGUCGUGUGGUCUGCUUUGGAGAGAUCAGUCGUCAUGGUCGAGCUUACCAUCCCCUGAAAACAGGGUACGACAGCAGCUCUGUCAGUGGAGUGUCAAGAGGCGAAAGGAAAUGGAAAGGAAGGAAAAUGGGCAGCAGGGAGGUGUCCCCAUACCCCACUGCCCCCCGGUGUAUGGGAGUGUAGGGGGGCGAAACGUCAGUGAACAUACAGCUGACGAUGCAGCUGCCCACGUUGGAAGCGGAGGGGGUGCAACAGGCCAGAAGGCCGAAGCAGGAACCAACAUCUGACCUGUGCAAUAAUCUAAACUUGCACUUUAUUUGGACAGCUUCACCCGCUACAUUAACUUAACUUUAUUUCAGAUGGAAAUGCUAUACUUUUUAUGUAUUAGUGACUUAAUUUAAGCUUGUAAUCAAUAUAAUGCAAUAUUGCUGAA